AUGAUGCACAUGACCUUCUACUGGGGCAAGUCGGCCACGAUCCUAUUCGACGGCUGGCGCACCUCCACGUGGCUCGACUACCUUCUCUCCCUCGUGGCGCUGCUCCUCGCCGCCGCCUUUUACCAGUACCUCGAGGCCCUACGGGUCCGCACGAAGCUCAUCGCGCAAGGAGCCGCCAAGCAAGCCUCCUCCAUCCCGCCACCCGCCAGCUUCAACCCGCGGACGCCGCUCCUCGCGCCCGCCGUCGCCGGGCGCUGGCCGGCGCGUGUGGCCGUGGCCGCGAUGUUCGGGGUCAACUCCGCCCUCGGCUACCUCCUCAUGCUCUCCGUCAUGUCGUUCAACGGCGGUGUGUUCAUCGCCGUCGUCGUGGGCCUCGCGCUCGGGUACCUCGCGUUCCGCAGCGGCGACGGCGAGGAUCUCGUCGUCGUCGACGACCCCUGCGCCUGCUCCUAA